CAGAAAGACCAAAAAAAAAAAAAAAACCGUUCACAUUUUUCUCUUUCUCUCUCCUCUCCCCUGUUCUUCUUCAAGCUCUAAUCCUACUCAAACCCUAGAAAUUCUGGGUAGAUCUUCAAUAUUUUUGUGAAUUUUGCUGCGCACCUUAAAGGCGAGUUCGUGGGUUGUGAUUUUGCUUCAAUCGCGACAAAAAAGGGAGAAACUUGAGGCGAUUUCCAGUUGAGUUAGUGUUGAAGAGGAAACGGGAAUUUAAAGUUGGUUAGUCUACUUCCAGGAUGAGUGCUAUUUGGUUGUUACUACGUUAUGGGUCACAUAGUUUUGAUAUUAGAGUGGGAGACAUGGAAAAAUAUCGUUUGUUGAAGUUGUUUCUUGAUAUCUUUGAGGAAUCAGUUAAGCAAGAUGUUUUUUUGCCUAGUACCUUUAGCUUGUAUGUUGAGGGUCCUUGUGGUAAGGUUGAAUUGAAUGAUGAUAAGACUUUAAGGCUUCUGUGGGGAUGGAAUUGGGGUAAAGACACUGCUGAAAUUUGGGUUGAGGGAACAGAUAAACCAGGAUUGGUGUUUAGGAAUGCUGUUGCAACAAUUGAGAAUCAUAGAAAGGAAAAAGAGAGACAACUUAAGGAGAGACAAGAGGAACUGUUGAGGGCUCAAAGAGAGGAGGAAGAGGCAAUAAGGAAACAACAGGAAAGGGAGGACAUUUUGAGGGAAAUACAGGAACAAAUGGAGUACACUGUGGCUAUGGAGGUCCCUGUUGUUGAUUGUGAGGACAUGAAGGUUGAGUAUGUGAGAGUCAUUAGCAAAGAUGAUGCUGAUGAGGUGUUUCCAGGUUGCUCUCAACCAAAACAAACACAAGAAUCCCCAAAGAAACAACCCACCCCACCCAAACACACAAAUCAUGUUGCUUCUAAGUCAAAAGGCAAGGAUAAGCCUGCUUCUAAGAAACUAACCCCCAAAAGGAGGGCAUCAGCUAAACAACCCACCCCACAGAAACAACCCACCCCACCUAAACAACCCACCAAACAACCUACACCACCACCCCCACCACCCCCACCACAGAAAGAACCCACCCAACCAAAACAACAACAACACACACCACCACCAGAACAUCCCACCUCUCCACCACAACAACAACAACACACACCACCACCAGAACAUCCCACCUCUCCACCACAACAUCACACCCCUCCACCACCACCACAAAAUCCCACUCCACCACAGAACAACCAAACUGAUGAGCCUAACAAUCAAGCACCACCUGAUCAAGCUCAGCCAGUGAAAAAGAAGGGGGGCAGAGCUAGACCUGAGGGGUUUAGGGUUAACAAAGUCACUGCUAAGAAGGCUGGAACUUGGGUUUCCAAGGGAAAGGGAAAAGGGAGAAAGGGUACAGGAAGGUCUAAGACACCAGGGGUUUUUGCUGAUGUUGGUGAGAUAUGUUCAGAAGAGGAGAGUGAGGAUUCUGAUUAUGAGGAAUCAGAUUCUGAACAAGAGGAUGUUCUGAAUGAUUGGAUUGAUUCUGAUGUUGAUGAUGAGGUGAUUCCUGAUGAUAUUCCUGAUUUGGGGUUUGAGGAUUGUCUAAAUGGUUCCUCAAAGAUGGAUAAGGCCUAUAAAAAUGGCAAAAUAUGGACUGAUCAACCAUAUGGGUCCAUUAAGUUAGAACCCUGGUUGAUCUUUCAUGAUAAGGCCACAUUUCUUGAAGUGUUGAGAAGUUACUGCAUACAGGAGGGGUUUGGGCUUAGUGUUGAGAGGGCUGAUAAUAGGAGGUACACAGCAGUGUGUGCAGUGGAGUCAUGUGACUGGAGGAUACAUGCCAGUAGGUUGUUUGACAAUGUUAGCUGGGCCAUUAAGGUGAUCAGUGGGUCUCACAGAACUUGUGGGAGGCUUGAGGAGAAUCCAGUAGUGACCUCUGAGUGGUUGUGUAAGCAUAUGUUGGGGGAAAUAGAGGCAAAUCCAGAGAUUCCAGUGGAGACAUUGAGGAGGUAUGCACAGGAGAAGUUUCAGUUGAGGGUGAAAAAGAGGCUAUUGUACAAGGUCAGGAGUAUGGCAAAGGGAAAGCUGCAUGGUGGUUGGGCUGAAGCAUAUGAGCUGUUGCCUAGAUAUGCUGAGAUGAUUAAGCAAACAAACCCAGGGAGUCAUGCACUUAUAACAUGGGGGGCCAGUAGUGGGGAUGUGAACCCAAAAUUCAGAGCUUGCUUCUUCUCAUUUGCUGCACAAGUCAGGGGGUUUCUAAGGGGUUGUAGGCCCAUAAUUGGAAUAGAUGAGGCUCAUUUAAGUGGUUUCUACAAGGGCAUUCUACUGACAGCAGUUGGCAUAGAUGGGAAUAAUGAAAUUUUUGUUCUUGCCUAUGGGAUAGUAGACACUGAGAGUUGUGACAGUUGGACCUACUUCAUGAGAUGUUUGAGGCAAAUGUUUGAGCAGGAGGGUUGCAACAGAGAUGAUUGGACCUUCAUCAGUGAUAGGAUGAAGGGUGUUGAGUUGGCAGUUAGAGAAACUUUUCCUAGAGCAACUAGGAGAGUUUGCUGCCAACACCUAUACAUGAAUUGUAAGAACAAUGGCUUCAGUGGAUCUGCAUUCCACAAGCUAUUUUGGAUAGCUGCUAAUGCAUACAAUGAGUAUGUGUUUGGUAAGGCCAUGGAAAAGAUCAGUGAGUACAAUGCAAAUGCCACUGCAUACUUGAACAGCUGCAUUGAGCAGUGGUCUAGGCAUAAGUUUGACUCUACUGUUUGUUGUGAUCACAACACAACAAACUUUGUGGAGUCAUUCAAUGCAUGCACAAAGCCCUUCAGAGACAUGCCUGUCUUCUCAUUAUUGGAAGGUAUAACUCUUCUAAUCAUAUUCAUGCAUAAUAUUACCCCUGAACACACUCUCAUUCAGUUUAAUAAAAUCGCGGACCCUUUUCUUUUUCUUCUCUCAUUUUUUGGAACACACUCUCAUUCAAAUUCAACAAACUCUCUUCUCUUCUCCAUUCUCACUCCUCAUACUCCAUCUCUACACCAUUCUUGCUUGAUUUCUCACAUUAAUUUCACUCUCAACCUCUUCACAUUCACAAAUUCAUCACUAUCCCAAACCGUUGUCAUGAUGUCUAAACGAUCAAAGAAGGGUCCCAAUGCCCCGACCAACAAGAGGAAGGCUCCACCCCCUCCGGACUUUGAGACUUACGACAUUGAGUUCCAAGAACAAAGAUCGUUGGGCUACUUUGAGGAGUUGUCUAAAAGGACCAUCCGCCCAACCAAGUUCUACCAUGAGAAAACCGUAAAGGAUUUGGGCAUUUAA